UCUUUCCCAUCUUCAUCUUCUUCAGAAUCCCAAAUCCCAAUCCUCUGUUUUUCCCUCUGUUUUUUCUCACCCAAAUGACCAACCAGAAAGCUUCUCUUCCCAAAGCCAAAUCACGAAUCAGUGUGGCCUUUACAGUCGCAAGAAUUGGAGGAUUUAUGGCUAAUAUUUCAAAGAAAAAGCUUUUCAAAAGAACUGAAAAUGGCGGUCGAGGCAGAGCCAUUGCUUCCUCUGUUGAUUUGAUGAGAGCUUCUUCUCCUACACGUCUUAAUAACUCUCCUUUUUCUCUUUCUCAAUCCCCAUGGAUUUUUCAACUUCCUUCUGCACUGAACAUGUUCGACCAAAUUACAACAGCCUCUAAAGGCAAACAAAUUGUCAUGUUUUUGGAUUAUGAUGGCACUCUUUCCCCUAUUGUUGAAGAUCCUGAUAGAGCAUUCAUGAGCAAUGAGAUGAGAGCAGCAGUGAAAAACAUUGCUACGUGUUUUCCAACUGCUAUAGUCAGCGGAAGAUGCAAAGACAAGGUUUAUGAAUUUGUUGGAUUGGCAGAGCUGUUCUAUGCAGGGAGUCAUGGAAUGGACAUACAAGGCCCAACUAAAGGCUAUAAUAAUAAAUACAACAAAACAGUGCUUUUCCAACCGGCAAGUGAGCUGCUGCCCAUGAUUGACGAGGUUUGUUCGUAUAAAACCUUGUCAGAUAUAACAAAGUCCAUUACAGGAGCUAAAGUGGAAAACAACAAGUUCUGCAUUUCUGUGCAUUUUCGCUGCGUCGAUGAAAAAAGAUGGGGUGCAUUAUCGGAGCAAGUAAAAUCGGUGGUUAAUCAAUAUCCUAAAUUGGUUCUGAGUUUAGGACGAAAGGUACUAGAGAUUCGGCCAGCAAUCAAAUGGGACAAAGGCAAAGCUUUGGAAUUUUUGCUAGAGUCAUUAGGGUUUGCAAAUUCUAGUGAUGUCUUGCCAGUUUAUAUUGGAGAUGAUCGAACAGACGAGGAUGCAUUCAAGGUUUUGCAAAGUAAAGGAUUAGGGUUUGGAAUCCUUGUGUCAAAAUUCCCCAAGGAAACUUGUGCCUCUUAUUCCUUGCAAGAACCAUCCGAGGUUGAGGAGUUUCUUUGUCGUCUGGUAAAUUGGAAAAGAUCAAUGGGAGCAUUAUUAUCCCAAUCCACAUUAUCUAAUUAAUUAAUUAACAAAUAGAAGGAGGAUUAAGGAAUUUUAAAUUCACUCAAAGAGUGGAUUUUAUUAUAUUUUUAUUUUCAAAUCUAAAUGGUCUAUUUUAUGUUUAUGUUUUAAUUUGUAGCCCAUUGCUAACUAAAUGUCAAUUAUCUCUCUAAAUUAUUAAUGAGAGACAAUUAAACACUCUCAUAAUUAAUUUGGUAUUACUAGCUAAUGCUCUUUCAUAUGACUAUGGUUCGAAUUUUUCUCUCAAAUGUAAUAUUCAAAAAGAAGGAAGAAAACAUCUUUC